AUGGCCACCCCCCUCGAAUUCUCGCCAUCCUCCCUCGCAUUGCUCCCCAACCUCGCAUUCUCGCCCCCCAUCGGCAUCUACAUUGCUUUGUGGCUGGAUCCAGUCGGAAUGGCAGAAGAACUUGACAUCCCUUCGGUGCUUACUGCUGCGCAGGCCAUGACACCUAGAAAAUAUCUAGGAUACGUCCACGUCGUCAGAGACUUCCCCUUGCCAUCGCGACCAUGGCAUCGAUGCCACAUCCGCUUCGUAGGAGAGGGCAUGCCAGAGGAACAACCCGAGAAAGGCAUCCUUUCGGACAUGUGUACGCCCAUCGAGCCCACCACUGCACAUCCCGCAGGCCGUGAACCACUUCAUCCAUCCAGACCGUUCCCAUAUCCAAACUGUUACCAACAUCAUUUUAUUGACGAUCUCGUGCGUGUACCCACUCAGAUCAUGCAAUAUGAUGAUUGCGUGAGGCUGCGCCCCCGAGAGAUGAGGAGACACAUGAAUUACGAGAAUGGUGACUGGGUAAUACGCAGAGCGCUUGUCAAGAAUAUGGAAGCAGACCGUGAGAUAGCAAAUCUAAACCACGAUGCGGAAAAUUCUGGUGUUCCACCUGCGAUGGAAGUCGAUGGUGAAGACCAUGCUACCGACUCUGAUGGCCACGAGGAAUCAGAUGACAAACAGGGUCGAAGCAUUACGCCAGUGUCACGCUCAGAAAUCGGAUCCGUCAGUGACGACAUGGAAAUGUCAGAUUCCGAUGGUAGUAGCUUUGAAGUGAGGAGCCGUGAUUCACUUCAGGAAGACUCAGACGACAGCGGAGAUCCCCCGGAUUUCAUGCAAGUUCUGGCUCUCGUAAUGACCGCGGGCGACAAGCUCGACAUGGACAUUGAUAUCUUGCCCCUUGUCCGUAUCUCACUGGAUCUUACCGAGGGCGGCAAAUUUGAAGACCCUCGCGGCUUCCUGGAAGAAGUUGCUACUAUGACUCAGCUAAUUCAACAGGCGCGCACCAAUAUCAUACGUGAAUACAAGGCGCGCAACCCUCCUAUGGCAACGCCGCAGAUGCAGAGAGGAACCAACCUCGAGCAGUGUUUCGAGGACUCGAUGGAAACCGUCAAUGUUACACCUCCAGAGUCGAUCCACGUUGAGAACCCUGUACAGGCCGCGCUCCUCACAGAUUCGUCUUCUGUCGUAGACCCAGCUGCUCAAGAUGGAGCCCCCGAGGGCCUCGUGAGGGGGAGAACUGCUGCCACGCACGCUGGCGACAUUGAUAUCUCUCAGAAUGCAGCGCAUAUAGCCACCGAAUCUGCAGAUCAUAUGCACGAACCCGCUACGGCAAUGGCACGUGGGCUAAUGUCAAUCCGUCGUCUGGUGCAAACGGGAAGGGACAUCGUCAAGCUUCCACACAUCUCGGCCAAAGAUUUGAAACCUGUUGCCAUUGUGCGGGCAUCACGGCAGCGGUGUUCAGCGCUUGUCGGGCGUAUACGCCGUGUUCUUCGUCUGCGCAAAGGCCGUGAUGUCCCACACUGA